GCAGCAGAACACGCUCACACACUGAGCUCCUUAAUGCAGUGUUUCUGUAACUGUGCUGCUGGGUUUUUACUGCAUUUCCAGACCAGACCAAGUCCUAUGGAUCUCGCUUGCUUUCUGGACGCUGCAACAACAAACAUCACUCAUACUGGAGUCAACAGCUUUGAUAUGGAGAUCAAAAACCGAGAGGCGACUAGACAGAAAAGGAGAAAAGCGUCAUCCUAAAACGCUAAAGGACAAAACAAAAGACAAGAGUAAAAAAAACCAAAACAACAACUUAAAAAUAACGUUAUCUGACGUUCCAGGAAUGUUGCCAGUCAUCUUUGCCUAGUAAGAAAAAGAAGGAAAAGUUGAAAGUUGACGGAUUCAUUUGUUUACUGAACGUCGGGAGCUAAACCAGAAACACUUUCCAAACUCAUUCGUGGAAAAUGGGGGAGCAGCCUCUCUUUAGCACAAAGGCACACGUCUUCCAGAUUGAUCCGACCACUAAGCGCAACUGGAUUCCUGCCAGCAAGCAUGCCGUCACUGUGUCAUUCUUCUAUGAUGCCAGCAGGACUGUGUAUCGCAUCAUCAGUGUAGGAGGCACAAAGGCAAUUAUAAACAGCACCGUAACACCUAAUAUGACCUUCACCAAGACUUCACAGAAAUUUGGGCAGUGGGCAGACAGCAGAGCAAACACUGUGUAUGGGUUAGGCUUCUCUUCAGAGCAGCAUCUUCAACAGUUUUCAGAACAGUUCAAAGAAGUCAAGGAAGCUGCACGUCUCAUGAGGGAGAAAUCUCAAGAGAAGUUUGAGCUGAUCAGUCCUGGUUUAAACAUCGCUCCUCUACAGGCUCUGUCUGAAGAUCGGCACUCUCCAACCGCGCUUCUGUGUGUAAACGGCUCCGGGGAGGACAAGCUGUUUCGCAGCAAGAGUGCAGACCUCGAGCUGGCCUCGAAGAAGGAGUGUGUUAAAAAGAUUCCCUCGGAAGGAUCAAUAUGUGAGACAAAAAUGGAGGCCGAGUUGUUCAGUCUGAGGAAGAGCAACGCCGAGCUUGUCGCAGCGCUCCAUGAAGCCAACAGCAGCAUUGAACAGUGGAAGAAUCAGCUUGCCGAGUAUCAGCAGGAGACGCACAGACUCCGAGACCAGGUAGCCGAGCUGGAAGAGCAAAGUGGACAUACUGCUUCAUGUGAGAACAGGACCGAGGAUCUCUUCCAGUCUGUAGAAGAUAUGGAGGCACUUCUAAAGGCAAAAGAUGAAGAAAUUAACAAGCUACAGGGCAGGAAAUCAGAUUUCCAGGAUUUGGAGGAGGAGAGGGAGGAGAUUAAUAAAAGAAUGCAGGAGCUGGAACAGAGGAACUUUGAACUGGAACAGCAAGUGCAGAAAGCGGAGCAGAAUUUGGCCUCUUCGUUGGAAGCACGGCAGCAGGCGGAGAGUGAAGUGCGGAAAGUCAUCGAAGUGCUGGACGUCAAGAUUUUUGAUCUGAACAGCUUGAGACAGAGCCUGGCCAACUUUCUAGAUAAAUAGCGACCAUCACCUCAAGCAUCAGACUGCUGAAUCAUACAGUCUCUUCACGCCUGGAUAGAUCAACAGCCCCCGUGACUUAUUUUUCCCCAUAAAACAGCACAUGAGGAUAUACAAAACCGGACUGAAAAGUGAAGUGAAAGAUCCGCGCUAUGUACAAUAAUAAUCCUACGAGGUACUGGAGAGACGAGUGUGUCGCAGGCUGUGAGAGUCCGCUAAAAGAUUCCUGUGUUUCUCUGAUCUGAGAUUGUUUCUUGAGAGCUUCAUGUACAUGCGCACACAGGCUGGUCUUUGUCAUUUCAGAGCACAGUGUAAUUAAUGGUAGAUCACAACUUGGGAGUUAAAACUGGGAUUAAACUAAAGGUCUAAAUUAGAUCUCUUCUUGUUAUAAUAUGUAAUAGUAUGUGCAUUGCUGAUAUGAUUUUUGUAUUAUAAACUAUUGAAUGAUUCAAUUGA